AUGCCCUUCGUUUUGAAGACACGAACUCUUGCAGCCCCUCUUACCAAGCAAUUACAAUGGGGAAGACUGUUAUUCGCUGCAUAUCUUCACAGCAAAGCGGACACGGAAGGAGAUAACAUCCAAUUAUUCAAUAACACUUACUCUCGAGACGCCAUGACUAACAUCACUCCGAGCAUUUUGUCCAAAGUCGGACGAAACCUGCACCUUUGUAAAAAUCACCCACUAAGCAUUUUAAGAGAACGAAUCCAGGAACAUGUUUAUGCGGACUACAGAACUCGCUGGGGCGGCCCCAUGUUUACAAUGGUGGAUAAUUUGUCUCCCGUUGUCACGGUGGAACAGAACUUUGAUAGUUUGCUUGUUCCAAAAGAUCACGUUAGUCGAACGAAGAAUGAUAACUACUACAUAAACGCUGAGCACUUGCUUCGCGCUCACACCUCUGCGCAUCAAAGAGACUUGAUUAAAACUGGACUGGAUGCUUUUCUUGUUACGGGUGAUGUUUACAGGCGGGAUGAAAUCGACAUGUGUCAUUACCCUGUUUUUCAUCAGAUGGAAGGUGUCAGGUUGUUUUCACAGCACGAGCUGUUUUCACAAUAUGAGGUGAAUAUCUCUUCCUUUUCCAAACCAUUUGAGGGGGAAGGAGUGGGCUUUUUUCUUUUUCCUUUUGGGAAUGUCAGCUGGCCUUGCAGAAUACCUUCUCUAUGAUGAAGUCUAUUCUGUGGCCAACUAUGGACCCCAUCUCAGUCACCUCUGGGCCAAUGUAAUUUUUAAAAUCCGUACAGUAACAACUUUUUAAUUGCAAAUCUUCCUAUUUUUAAACCCCUACUCACCAGAAUUUUCUUAUCCCAAAGUCCCAAAAAUGUGCGACUCCAUUCUAGAAAAUCUAUUGGAAAUGCAAUGCUUUUAUUAUCAAUCCAGUCAUUAAAAUGCUACCCCAUCCAGUAGCACACUCCAUUGGCCUAUUACUGGGAGAUACCCCUUUCUGCAUGCGCAUAACCACUCAGGUGACAUCGGAUAUGUACAUGUCUUGAUUGUGCAAAAAUUGCAAGACAUUUUACAAUUAUUGACCUCCUUUAUCUAUUGAUUGUAAUUUUGAAGCAUGAGCUAUCUUAACCCUUAACUCCCAAGAUCCAAUUAGUAAUUCUCCCUACUAGAAGCCAUACAUUGCCUUUUAAAUUGAAUGAAAAGAAUUUGGUAUUAGAUCAAGAUAACAUCCAUUAGAUGGCUUAUCAAUUUUCAAAACCAGGUUAUGAGACAAGGUAUUGGAAUUACCCAGAAAAAUUAAAUUUCAAUCACUUCUGGGGAUUAAAAGGUUAAAUUUACCGUGAUUUGUUCAUACAAAGAAAUGACAAAUGCAGUAUUUGAUCAUGAUUACUUUCAUUAUUUCUUUGCAAGGAGCCAUUUGAAAUGUUUGAUCAAAGCAGAAGCAAAACCCCUGAGAAACAAGCUGCACACACACUGGAGGCAGUAAAGCUUGUUGAGUUCAGUCUCAAGCAAACACUGGUGAAGAUUGUUGAACACCUGUGUGGAGAGGGAGUGGAAAUGCGCUGGGUUGAUGCAUACUUUCCCUUCACCCAUCCUUCCUGGGAAUUGGAAGUUAAUUUUGAAGGUGAAUGGUUGGAGCUGCUUGGGUGCGGUGUGAUGGCACAGGAGAUACUUGUAAAUGGUAAGUUAACAAGAUAAAUGUAAAUGAAACGUUUUGGAAACUAGCAGUGAUGCAUUUAUUCAUUUCUCUGCCUUUUCAAAGUUGAACUGGAAUUUGAAAUGAUGGUUUUUGUGGAGGGAGAAAAACCAGGUUACCAUAUGGAAAACCCCUAGAUCAUUGAACAAAAACUGACAUAUUAGAUUCAAUAUUAGAUAACUCAUUUUUUUAGUUUCAUGUCAUGAUUAACAAUCAAACUUCCUUACCUUUAGUACUUUCAUUAGCAUUAUCUUUAAAUUGAUUUUAUAUUUUAGCUGUGUUUAUUAUUGAAGGUAUACAUGUAGCCUAAUGGCUGGACUCUGGAAUAAAAGGUCCAGGUUUGAGACCUGAUAAGAUCAGUGUUAUGUGUUCUUGUGCUAAACACUUUACUCCCACAGUGCCUCUCUUUACCCAGGAAUAUAAAUGGGUAUCAGUGAAUUAUUAGGAAAAUCUGAUAAAAUGUUGGGGGGGGGGGGAACCUUGCAAUGGACUGGCAUCCCAUUCAGGGGGGUAGUAGUAAUCCUAGUCGCUUCAUAUUGAGGAAACCAGGAUAAUCUGCUGCUGAAUGAGCUACUUGGCUUGAACAGAGACUUAACCUUAAGUGAAGUAAAGUUUAUAGUUUUAUCAGAUUUUAUUGUAAUUAAGAUUUCCCAUUUCAUUUCCAGGUGGAGCUGAACACAAGAUAGGCUGGGCAUUUGGUAUUGGACUUGAGCGUUUGGCCAUGAGGCUUUUUAACAUCCCUGAUAUUCGGCUGUUUUGGAGUGAUGAUCCAAGAUUCCUUUCUCAGUUUGAUGGAAACAAAGUUGUUGAGUUCAAGCCGUUCAGCAAGUACCCACCUACUUACAAGGAUGUGGCGUUUUGGAUUCCUGAAAACUUCUCUCCAAAUAACCUGUUUGAUGUGGUUCGUGGGGUGGCCGGUGACAUAGUGGAAAAGGUGAGGGACUGGAAGUUGAGGAAAGGGCUGUGUAUGUAGAAAAGUAGCAGAGAGAGAGAGGGUCUAAUAACUGAUUUUGGUUUACUUAAAUCUACUGGUGAUCUAUCACAAAUGCUGCAAUCUUUUUGUCUAUGCUACUCAUCUAGUUAAGAAAUGUUCAGCAAGCAGCAUGUAACCAUCCAGUUAUGGAUGCACACUGGAAGGUGUCAAGCCAGAGUUUAUAGGUACCUUAGGUUUAUGAAAUAGUGAAAAUGAACAUCGCUAAGGCUGUUUACCUUAUUUCAGGUGGAGUUGGUGGACACAUUCUGUCAUCCCAAGACUCAGAGAGAGAGUCACUGCUAUAGGAUAACUUACAGGUCCAUGGAUAAGACUUUUACUGACAUUGAAAUUAAUAGUAUUCAGGAUGAGGUCAGGGAAGAAAUUCAGAAGAGAUUAUUGGUAGAACUUAGAUAGAUUACUCCAUCAAUGUCAUUUUGAAAUAGAUGCUUGAUCAAGCUGUGGUGUGAUUUGAAGAAAUUGCACUGGUUUUGCUUUUUUAAGCUCCAUGAUUGGUCCUAAAAAUGUGUGCCAGCCACUGAACCAAUCAGAUGCUAAACUUGUCAUUUUCCAGUGCUUGAGGCAGGUUAGGUGCAUCUAAUUGAGUUCUCAUUGGCUCCCUGAGAUUCUUUUUUUUUGUUCUGAUUGGCUUUUAUGUUUACAUUGCCCUGGAUUUAAAUUUAAGAAACUUAAAAAUUGUACAGUGUUCUAAAACAUCUACAUUCAAAUUUUGUUCCCUCAUACAAGUGGGUCACAUUGAACCAAAAAAUUGUUACUUGUGAAAUCGGUUUUAAAUUUUAUUUCCCACUAAGAAGACAAUGUAAACAAGUAUUAGUAGAUUUUGAGUACACUUUGUCCCCCUAACAAAUUGUAUCUUGGCUCCAGUUGUUCAAAGGUUGGAUAACGCUAUCCACUGUAUAAAUUUUAUCUGGUGAAUAGUGCAGUAUAUUUUGCCAUCACUUAUCUACUGGAUAGUGAUUGAUCUGUUGGAUAAUGUUAUCAGACCUUCAUACAGUUGGGCCUUGAAGUUUAGAGCCUGUUAAUUUAAGAAAUCCCGAGGAAAACACACUUUGUAUAGUUUCAGAUACAGCUAAUUCCUUAUUGAGUUUGAAUAACAUUCAUAAAUCGUUUGAAAGUAAACCUCUGACGAUACUUAAUUUCACCGUGCAUGUCAAUAUAGGAAUUGUUGAAGUUUACUGGAAAGGAAAGAGAGGAACCAAGAACCAUGCUUUGAAAAAUGCCCCUGUGAAUGUGCAAGGCGAUUCUUAGGAGAUGAUUCCCUUGAAUAUCAUCUAAGAAUUACGAAAUCUCUGAGCUAUUGAGACGUUUUGUAAUUCUUAGGAGAGAACUUCCAUCUACUAUCAUUUAAACUGGAAUAUUUUGUCUGAAGAUUUAAUUUUCUUCUCAACGGAUUCUGUUUCAAUAUCUUAUUUUGGGUUCAUUCUAAACCCUUCGUGUUUGUCUUUUCCGGUAAAUUAUUAUUUGAAACAACCGAGGCAUUGUUAUGUAGCUCUUUCCAACUGCAACAGAUUCUCUCACAUCACAGUCUGGGUUAAUUUUGCUCCCGACAAAAGUGAAAUUGCAUAGGUUCAUCUACCAG